CAGCGAGCUUCAGCCUCACGCAUUCGCAGCCUAAGACGACACAGGGCUGAGCCUCUGCAGGUGAGAAGACUUUUGUCCGACGCCUGCCUCGUUUUGUCAUCCGCUGACAACUUGGAUCAAGAAGCCGUCAACCAUUUUGGUAUCAACAGUUUUGUUUUUUUGAAAACUCGAAAUGGGUCACAUUUGAACCCGGUGCUUGGGUUUUUCAGAAGGUAGUCGAGCAACACUUGAGCUUUUAUUUCUGCCCCCAGAAUAGCAGUUACGUCGGACAGCGAUACGGAGGUCCCUAGCGCCACCAGCGCCGCCAAGAUGUACGGCCUGUACUUGGAAGCGGUCAACGACUACAUCAACGAGUCCUACGGCGAGGACGUGUGGCGGCUGAUUGAGAACCGGGCCGAAAUCCCGCACCUCAAGUUUGUCAGGCAUCAGAUGUACAACGACAACCUGAUCCUGCGUCUCGCCAAGGCGGCGGGCGAAGUUCUGGGAAAGACACACGAUGAGCUGAUGUACGCCUUCGGAGUCUACAUGGUCAAGAGGAUCGGAAAUUACGGCUACGAGCGCAUACUCAAGGUGUUGGGUCGGAACGUGCGCGACUUCAUCAACGAGCUGGACAACCUGCACGAGUAUUUCCGCUUCUCUUUCCCCAAAGUGCAGCCGCCGAGUUUUUGCGUGGAGGAAGAGUGCGAGACCAGCCUGACGUUGCACUACCGAAGCACGCGCAAAGGAUUCACGCAGUUUGUCAAAGGCCAGCUCUCCCAGGUGGGGCGUCAGUUUUACAACACAGAUAUUGAAGUAGAGAUCUUGUCCAAAGAGGAGACAGAGAAGAUGACUUAUGUGGUAUAUAAGAUGAACUUUGACAACGCGGCCUUCAAGCACCGCAUGCCGCAGCAAAAGACGGCGCCGAGCUAUGAGAAGCUUCCCAUGAAGCGAGGUAUCUUUUUUGACAUGUUCCCCUUCAGCGUAAUCUUCCGCCGCGACAUGACCAUGUACCGCGUUGGCGACGGCCUCAAAGAGGUCUUCUCUGACCUCCAGGGCAAGAAGGUGAACGAGGAGUUCACCCUGGUCAGGCCCAUGCUGGAGUUCAGCUGGGACAACAUCUACACCCACUUGAACAAUGUGUUUGAGCUGGUCUCUAGAGCAGUGGUGGAAAGCAAACAAAAAGUUAACAUUCCAAAACUCAACAAAGAGGAACCUGAAGAGAAAGAGGAGAGCGAACAGGCCAAGAGGGAAGAAGAAAGAGAACAAAUGUCUGAGGAGAUGAAAGGCACGGAUCAGGAGUACAGCAGCACUCAGACUCAGUACAAUAGCGCCGCCAACUCCGGAGGCGAAGACAUUGAGCUGUUGGCCUUCCAGACCGUCACAGGCAAAUGUAGCGAGACCAUCUUUGAGGACAUGCGUGAACCCCCCAAAAAGCCUCUCCACCUAAAGGGCCAGAUGAAAUACGUACCCCAGUGGGACUCACUCAUCUUCCUGGGGACGCCCAUUAUCGAGACAGUGGAGGACAUGAUCAAGAUGGGGGUCUACGUCAACGACUUGAACCUGCACGACUCCAGCAGAGAGCUGAUCCUAGCCGGGACGCAGCAGUCGGCCGAGCUGCAGCUAGCGCUGGAUCAGGAGCAACAAAAGUAUGCACAGCUGCAGGAGAUUAUCAAGAAGCUGGAUGAAGAGAAGAAGCGAGGAGACUCCUUGCUGUACGCCAUGAUCCCCAAAGCCGUGGCCGACCGUCUCAGAAAGGGAAUCACCGCCUUGGAGACAUGCCAGGUCUUCCCCGAUGUGACCAUCCUGUUCAGCGACGUGGUCAAAUUCAACGAGAUCUGCAUCCACAUUACCCCCAUGCAGGUGGUGGACAUGCUCAACGAGAUCUACAUUGUCUUCGAUACGCUCAGCGAGAAGCACAACGUCUACAAGGUGGAAACCAUUCGUGAUGCCUACAUGGUGGUGGCGGGCGUGCCCAACAAGACCACGUUCCACGCUCAUCACAUCUGCGACAUGGCUCUCGACAUGUUGAGCUCUAUCGACCACCUGAAGGAUCCAUCCACCGGGGACAACAUCCAGAUACGAGUCGGUGUCCACUCAGGAAUGGUGGUGGCCGGCGUGGUGGGCCUAAAGAUGCCUCGCUAUUGUCUCUUUGGUGAUACGGUCAACACGGCUUCCAGGAUGGAGAGCAACGGCGUGGGGAUGCAGAUACACAUCAGCCAGACCACCAAAGACCACCUGGAACAUGAGCCCUACAUCAUCGAGGAGAGAGGCAAGAUCUUUGUCAAGGGUAAAGGCUACAUGAAGACGUACUGGCUGAAAGGGAAAAAAGAUCUCUCCUUCAAGACUCCGGCAGAGUUGCGCUACAGUAGCGAGCAGGACUCGGACGAAAAAAGCUCCAACGGUUCCACCAGCACCGAAGCCAAGAACAUGUCAUCCAGUCAGCCCAUCAGCGGCGGCGAGGAGCAAGCGGAGGGCAAACCCAGCCCCAGCGACCUCCCGCAGGAUACCCUGCCGCUACCCGAGGGUUCCGGCGAGCCCACGGCCGCGCCGGGAGACCUCCAGGAGAAGUCCAAAAAGACUAAGAACAACAAGGGCGCCAAGGCUGAGGCAGGGCCGGGGAACGCUACGUCGGCGCCGGCGCCGCCCGCGGACGAGCCGGAGAACCCGGGACCCAUCCUCAACAUUAAGAGGAACAGCUUCAGGCAGCAGUAUGCCAAGCUGCCCGUCAACAUGCCCAUAAAGAGCGCCUCGUGUAGCCUCCUGUGAGCCGGCCGCUGACAUCGCCAAAAUGUCAGAACAUCUCAAUCUCACAUUAUCAUGCUGUGACAUCGUGGCUUGACUUGAGUGUAGACAUGACAUCUACUAGAUGUAGAGACAUGAUUACCAUUUGGAGUGAAACAAGAUGCUUCUUCUUGUACAUGCUAGAUUGUAUUUAUAUAAACAUGGAUGUACAGCCACUGUGCAUGUGUUGACAUCAUUUACGUACUUUUGUAAUCAUGGGCCACAUUCCAUACUUCAGAUGAAUGGGCAUUGGCAAAAAAGGGCAUGUGUAAAACAUCGUAUUUUAUUAAUAAAAUAAUUCUAUUAGAA